AUGACUACCGAAUCUUUGUUACAUCACGCGUUCCCCCGACACAAACUUGACCGACGCCCAUGGAACAAGCACAUGUGGAUCUGUUGGCCAUUUCUGUGGCUUCUAGUUGGCACAGCCCUAGGUGCUCUUAUUCCAUGGCUCAUCAGCCUGCAUGAGUCCCGUGGCGAGCAAGAUCACGGCGUUCAUUUCGUCCCGCAAAGUGACAUGAUCGGAUUCUUCCCUCCCAUUUCUCACAGGAUCCAGUAUUUUGAAAAGCGGCCGGAAUACAUAUCAAACCACUCGUCUCCAGAGUCCUUACAAGAGGUCAAAAAGCUGUGGGAGAAACUUAUACCACCCGGAGAAGGGUUUCUAUACGUGUCAGACGAAGAAGCGGCCAAAUACGACUUCCCGACGCUGAUCCAUUAUAAUGUGCCACCAGAGCAUGGCGUCCCUGGUAUGCCAUUGCGCGGAAAAGCCGUAGGAACGACUGUGGCCCAUUCCUUGCAUUGCCUGUAUCUUAUCAUGGCUGAGUACGACCGCCUCUACCAAGGCCUAUCGCCCGGUGACGAUUUCACUCACGUAGACCACUGUAUUGACUGGAUUCGACAAUCCCUUAUGUGUGCGGGCGACGUAGCUCUUUCUGCGAAUAUGGGCCCCUUGGUUGGCAUUCAUUACCAGUUCCCCCAUGUUUGCAAGAAUUGGGAUGAGGUUUACGACUUCAUGGACCGCCGUCAUGUGGAUAACAGGCAUAAGCUCAAUCACGCUGUCCCCGAACAUCGACCAAUGAGCGAGCAAUGA